AUGUUUGCACCGAGAUCUUCAAGGCCUGUUACUGUAGCUAUUUAUCCUCAAAAAAAUGGUGCUCUCCGCCGAAAAAAGAAAAGCGAAAAUGUAACGCCUGCUAUUGAACUUGAGCGUAUUCUUGGUCUAACAACUUCAAAACCAACUGCGAUUUCAACAGCACCUACUCAUGAUCUUGUAGCUUAUGCGGCUGCAGUUAUUCCUACUUCUCUUCAAACCCCUGCUGUUAUUCCUAAUCGUCAUACUUUUGCCGGUGAUAGUAUUCUGAAUCCACUGGGUGGCUUGGGGUUAUUGGAACCACCGGGUGUAAAUGCAAAUGGAAAUACUUCUUCGAAGAAACCCUUGAUUAGCAAUAAGGCAAAGCCAAUCUCAUGCCUUGCUUUUUCCCCUGAUGGUAAUUUAUUGGCUGUUGGUGAGACUGGUCAUCAACCACGUAUAUUGAUAUGGGAUGUAUCAACAAAGACUCUAGUAAAUGAACUCAAAGGUCAUAAAUAUGGUGUGUUAGCGUUAGUAUUUUCCCCAAAUAUGAAAUGGAUUGUCUCUUUGGGUUUCCAACAUGAUGGUUAUCUAAACGUUUGGAAUUUGAAAACUGGUGCAAAAGUAGCGUGUAACAAAAUCACUACCAAAGUCCACACUUUAGCAUUUAGCCGGACUGGUUCAUUUUUUGUAACUGCUGGCUUGAGGCAUGUAAAAUUCUGGUAUUUCGAUUCCAAUGGAAAUUUACCAAAAAAGGCAACGAAAUCUGAUCACACUUAUUUUGUAACUUCUAAUGGAUUGUUAUGUAUGUUCACGGAAGGAAGAUUAAUGGAUAAAUGGGUUAAUUUGCAGGUCAAAAGUGCCUAUUCUAUCGAUGUAAGCCAACAAUACAUUAUUUGCGCUUGUUCAAAUGGAAUUGUCAGAUUAUUUGAACCGAUAACACUGAAUUAUCUGGGUACUUUACCAAAACCACAUCCUUUGGGUGUAGAUUUGACCUUACAAACUGGGACAACAUAUAAUGGAACUGGUGAUCCGAAUGAAACGUAUCCAGACACAACAGCUAUAAAAUUCGAUGCGGAAACCGGAAAACUUACAUGUAUAUAUAGUGAUCAUAGUCUUUUUAUAUGGGAUAUAAAAGAUAUAAAAAAAAUUGGAAAAUAUAGAAGUUUUCUAUAUCAUUGUGAUACGAUUUGGGGUGUAGAGAUGAUACCACCUCGUGAUACUGCGGAUGGACAUUCUACAUUCCCAGAAGAUACUUUCGUCACUUAUUCCGCUGAUAGUACUAUCAGAUUUUGGAAUUUUGACGGUUCUAGUAAUACGACUGGUUCUGGUGGUGCUCCUGCGGGAGGUAACAACACAACCAUAAAAAGAAAUAUUUAUAGCAAAGAAUGUAUGAAAAUUAUUUAUGUGGAUCCAGACGGCAAAUAUAGAUCAAGUGCUUUGGGAACAAAAUCUGAAAAAUCUGAUUCCGCAGAACCUGUGCUAGUGGAAUCAGGCAUUCGUACUCUAAAAAUUAGUCCUGAUGGAAAAUUAAUGGCAUCUGGUGAUCGUGGAGGAAAUUUAAGAGUACAUGAUCUUGAUACUUUUAAGGAAAUUACGUAUCAAGAAGCACACGAUGCAGAAAUCCUGACAAUUGAAUUUACUGAUAUGCGUAUGCCCGGCGCACCAUACUUAAUUGCUACUGCGAGUCGUGACAGAAUUUUACAUGUUUUUGAUGUUAAUAAUAAUUUUCAAUUGGUUCAAACUUUGGACGACCAUUCUUCGUCUAUAACUGCUAUAAAAUUCACCAAUGAUGGCGGAAAGUUGAUUAGUUGUGGUGCUGACAAGAGUAUCAUAUUCAGAAGUCGACAAAGU